GCACUCCUUGCACUUCCUUGUUUCGUUUGCAUCAAAUGCGCCAAUGUGCUGGAAUAAUCAUGAACAUUUAUACCGAGGGAGAACUAAGAUAUUUUAGGUUAGCCAAAGGAGUUAUAGGUUAUUCCACUGCCGCUCUAAGAAAAGCAUUUAGGCGAGAAUGGAACCGUCUUUAUCCAUCUAAGCCAUGGCGAGAUGAUGGAACGAGCGGAAGAAAGAUGCUUGCAGAAGAACAACUAUCUCGGCACUCACGUCUGUACGACCCAAAAUUUGCAAAUGAAUGUCAAUCAAUCAAGGAUCAUUUGAAACGUGGAGAUGUAGAAGAAUGGGACGUUACGACAUUGGUAUUUGCUUUUCUCUACUCUCAUGCUUUAAACGGUAUACGUUACCGUUCACACUGGGGAACAGUGAAUACUGCUAUACACAAAAUAAAGCAGGUUAGAAAUAAAGUUUUUGCACAUGCUAGCGAAGCGUCAAUUUCUCGCACAAGUUUCAUGAGAAACUUUGGUAUUUUGGAACAAGGGGUGCAGGACUUACUCCACACAAGGUCAGAUCCUAUGGUUAAAGAUUUGAGAUUGUUGCGAACAGAAACCGAAUUCGUAACUGAUGAUCUUGUAAAGUAUAAGAAAUUGCUUCAGGAAGAUCAUAAUAGCUUACUCUUAAUUGAUGAAAAUCUCAAAACACUGGAGAGGAAGAUGAACAUAUCUGAACCCAAAGGUGGGAAAAAUUAUGCCAUUGCAUGCCCUGGGACCUUUGAAAACAGUGAAAUCAUUUCAUCGGUUUCACAUCGAAUCAACAGACUGGAACAUGAGUUGUCAAGUCCAGUUGACUUGGUGCCAUCCUGUUUUAAGCCACCAAUUUUCCACAGUUCAAGAUAUAUUAAGCUGAUGAAUGGAUCAAAUUCUAUGUCAUACAAUUUUUGUUGGGAUGAACUUAGCAUGUUCCUCAAGGGAUUUGAUGAUAAUCUGGACAUAAAGAUGUUUGCUGCUAUCCAAUCAGCAGUAUCACUCAGUCAUCAAUCAAGAAAAGAUGAGAGUUUUGAUGCUCUCAAUAGUUUAACUGCCAAAGAUCUCUUGGGUACACAAUAUGGAUUGGUAUUAUUCGCUCGAGUUAAGAUCCGCAAAGCAUAUAUUUUACAUGAUCGUGGUAAGGACGAUGAAGCAAUAAAAGAGGUACACGAGGCUGAAUUGAUGUUGAGCAACGGAGAUUACCACGAAGACAGGGCUGAAAUCAACUGCGCAAAAGCCAAUAUAUACCUAUCAUCGGGCAAAAAUAGCGCAGGUGAUCGCGAAAACAUCUUACUCCACUUGGACAAAUGUAUCCACUUUUGUGAAAAAUCCACAGUUGAUAAAAGUGUGACAAUUACUCAGGUCAAGUUGCGCAAGGCUCUGUGUCAUCUUGGCUAUUACCAGCAUGGUAUUAUAGUAGAGGCUCCCAAGAUUUCCGAAGUUAACAUUGCUGAGACAAUUUUGAGCCGCAUUUCCAAAGAGUCUAACUUGUCAAAACGCAGCCAAGUGUACUUAAAAUUUGCUCAAUCAUUGCUUGCCUACAGAAAGGGGGAAACAAGCACUGCAAUAGAAUUGGAAGAAAAAUUGCGAAGAAAAUGCGAACGCCAUGAAAUACGCUUUGAGAUCAAACAACUGGAUAUGUUGAAAGCUUUGAUACGAGGCUCAGAGUAAAUUACUAAGUUUCGGCAUAGGCUCAGAGGUAGGUGACCGUGAAGAAUAUAACUGCAAUUGGCUGAAAAUACCUAUACACAGCGCAUUCAAGAUAGUUAAGUAUAAAGCAGCGAAUUAUAUGUUAACCAUAACGACAAU